CGGGGCGGGGCCUGAGGGGCGGCCGCGGAGGCGAUAAGUGAGGAGCGAGGGCGGCGGCGUGAGAGAAGCGGCCGAGCAUGGAGUUCCCGUGCCCCCUGGAGUCCGCCAGGUUCAUAGCCGCCCACAGCAGAGAUGUCUUCGUGGACGAGGAGGAAGCGCGUCGGGUGGCGGAGAGUUUGUUCGACCAAACCUUGUCGGAGGAGUUCGGUCUGGCGGGGUGGAAGAGCCUCCACGAGCUGAACCCCCGAGCCGCCAGCGAGGAGGCGGUGGGCUGGGUGUUCCUGGUGGACACCCUCAACUUCUCCUUCUGGUCGGAGCAGGAGGAGCAGAAGUACCGGGUGAAGUACAAGGGUAAAACGUACAGCGGCUACUGGUCCCUCUGUGCCGCCGUCAACCGGGCCCUUGACGACGGAAUACCUAUUACCAGUGCCUCGUAUUUUGCCACCAUGAAGCUUGACCAAGUUAAGCAUGUAUUUCGCUCUGACACAGAAGUUCCUAUACCUUUGAUUGAAGAAAGACAUCGGGUGCUGAAUGAAAGCGGAACAGUUCUGUUAGAGAAGUUUGGAGGCUCUUUCCUCACCUGUGUUAAAAAGAGUGAGAAAAGUGCUCAGAAACUACUACGCCUAGUACUGGAGAACUUUCCUUCUUACAGAGAUGAAGCUGUAUUUGAGAAAAGAAAGGUGUCUUUCUACAAACGGGCCCAAAUACUUGUGGCUGAUACAUGGAGUGUAUUAGAAGGCAAAGGAGAUGGCUUUUUUGAUGACAUUUCUAGUCUGACUAUAUUUGCUGACUACAGAAUUCCUCAAGUUCUUGUUCACUUAAAAGCAAUGAAGUAUUCUGAAGAACUAAUGAAGAAACUACGUGAAGGAACAGUUUUCCAAUCUGGAGACAAAGAGGAGGUGGAGAUCCGUGGCUGUUCCAUUUGGUGCUGUGCAUUGAUCUGUAAGCACCUGCUGGAGCUCUACGAGAAGAAGGGUCAGGACGUGCGUGGACGGAUCAAUGCAGUUCUACUCGACUACUAUCUUUGGGACUACGCGAGGAAUCAUAGGGCAGAGAUGGAAGAUACUCCGUUUCAUCGAGUGCGGUGUAUAUAUUACUAAGUCCAGUCCGAUAGCAAUGCUAUUGACGCAUUAUCGUUUGAAUUGCUGUUAUUCUUUUCAGGCGGUGGUUUGUUGUUUACUAAUUUGGAACUGGCUAAAUCACACAUGCUUAUUUUCUGAUGGCAUAUUAACAAUGUACUGCUUUUCCUCUGAGUUUUUCAGGCUGUAACUGGAGUUAAUGAUGCGAACUUUGCUCGGCAAUCCAUGUUCAUACAGGGUUUAUUACACCCGCUUUGACUCCUGUACUUGUGCGUGUCCUUGGACCUGUGUUUGCACACCUCGGUGUGCCCACACCCCCACCCGCGGAUUUGUUCGCGUAUCUCGCGGCCGCGCCUGGUGAGCGCCGGACUCUUAACCCUCGCUAAAUAAACACUGGCAUAAACCGC